AUGUUAGAAGAAAUAUCAUACCAACUUGAAAAAACUUUUAUGGGUGAGGAAGUUAAUUUCAAGAAAGGAGCUGGUAAGAAAAUAGAUGCUGAAGAUCGAAUUAUAUUGAAUGUAGGCGGCGUUAAGUAUGAAACAUUUCGAUCGACUUUAACAGCAUAUCCUGAGACAUUACUUGGGAUCAUGUUCGCGGAUCGAAAUAAAGAGAUGCUUCAUCCAAUGAAUGGCAACGAAUUUUUCUUUGAUAGAGAUGGCUAUUUAUUUCGUCACAUUCUUCAAUAUUAUCGUACUGGAAUGAUUCAUUGGCCGGAACCAAUUUCUCAUCAUGAAAAUUCCACCCAUCACAAACGUUUCGAAUCAAGAAAGUUAAAAAAGUCAUCAGAUGAGUCAGAAAUGAAAGAUGCUAAUAUUAUUCCUUCAUACAUGUUUCCAUUUUCUCGAUCCGAACUUGAACAAGAGAUGCAAUAUUUUCUUAUUCCAACCGCUUCUGAUGACGAUGAUGAUAACAAUUCUUAUAAUCCACCACUCACAUUUGCCAACAAAGCUGUGGUUGACAAUGUUAAUGGAUUUCUAAACUCACUUAUUGACGUUAUGCAUCAAUUAGCGGGUCUAUUUGAAAAACAUAUCUUUAUCACUUUUUAUCACGAUCGACAACCACCAAUAUUUAGUCUAAUAACUCCCAACUUAAAUGUUGUUAAAAAUGAAACUGCACCAUUUCGGGAAAAUAUUAGAAAAUUAUUGUUACCUUAUGCUGGAGUUGGAUAUACUUUGUUAAUGAAUUUCGAACGAGAAAUUGAGUUAUAUUUGAAAGGAGAAAUACCAGAGUUAAAUUGGUCAAUUGAAAAGCCUGCAGGAUUACCUAAUAGGUUUAUUCUACAUUUGAGUUUCAACGAUAAAUUUUUAAAACAACAAAUAUUGAGGAAUAGUUGUUUGGCUAAGGUUGUUUAUUCUAUGAAUAGUGAUAAAUCAAAGGGACAUUUCGAUAGCUGA